AUGAGACUUUUUCAGUCCAACACCGACCUUCUGUCGGCUGGCAUCGCGCUCCUCGCUUCGGCGGGAGCUGCCGUGGCGCAAUGCAGCCUUCCCUCGACGUACCGCUGGUCAUCCAGCGGCGUACUGGCCACUCCGAAGUCUGGAUGGGUCUCGCUCAAGGAUUUCACAACAGUUCCGUAUAACGGCCAGCACCUCGUCUAUGGCACCACCCACAACUUCGGGGACUCCUGGGGUUCGAUGAACUUUGGUCUCGUCUCCAGCUUCUCUCAACUGGGCUCGGUCGCCCAGAACACCAUGAGCUUCGGGGCCGUUGCGCCGUCGCUCUUCUACUUCGCCCCAAAGAGCAUCUGGGUGCUCGCCUACCAGUGGGGAGGGAAUGGUGCGUUCUCGUACCGGACGUCCACGAACCCCGCCAGUGUCAGUAGCUGGGGAGGAGUGCAACCGCUGUUUACCGGCACCAUCUCCGGAUCCGGCACGGGUCCCAUCGAUCAGGCACUCAUCGGUGACAGCACUAACAUGUACCUGUUCUUCUGCGGCGAUAACGGCAAGAUUUACCGCGCGAGCAUGCCUAUUGGCAACUUCCCAGGCAACUUUGGCUCAGCAUCGACAAUCAUUCUGAGCGACACCACGGACAACCUCUUCGAGGCAGUUCAGGUGUACACUCUGCAGGGCCAGCAAAGAUACCUCAUGAUCGUCGAGGCCAUCGGUUCCCAAGGACGCUACUUCCGUUCGUUUACGGCCACCAGCCUUGGCGGUGCCUGGACUGUCCAGGCUGGCAGCGAGAGCAACCCCUUUGCCGGCAAGGCCAACAGCGGAGCCACCUGGACCAACGAUAUCAGCCACGGCGAGCUGGUCCGCGUCAGCGCCGACCAGACCAUGACCAUUGAUCCUUGCAAGCUCCAGCUCCUCUACCAGGGACGCUCGCCCUCCUCGGAUGGAGUCGAUUAUGGUCUUCUGCCUUACCGCCCCGGCCUGCUUACUCUUACCAACCCUACUGGAGGCUCUCCUCCCAACACCCCGCCCUCCACUUCGCCUACCACACCUCCCCCUAGCAGCGGCACCGUUCCUCAGUUUGGACAGUGUGGCGGCCAGGGCUGGACCGGCGGAACAGUUUGCCAGAGCCCCUACAAGUGUACUGUCUCUAACCAGUGGUACUCCCAGUGUAUUUAA